AUGUUGCUGAGAAGCUCGAGACGCGCUUUCCAGGCGACGGUGACAUGUUCACGGUCCAAUUGGGCACGACCCAGCCAUGUUCGACGGCUAGCAACUGAGGCAUCGAAUGCAGAUGCGUCCAACCUGCCUCUAGCCGGCAUUAAAGUGCUUGAUAUGACAAGAGUACUUGCUGGACCAUAUUGCACGCAAAUUUUGGGUGAUCUUGGAGCAGACGUGAUCAAGAUUGAACAUCCGACAAGAGGAGAUGACACACGAGCAUGGGGACCACCUUACGCGAAGUACACCGAUAACCAAGAAGGGCCAGGAGAGAGUGCUUACUAUUUGGGUGUCAACCGUAACAAGCGAUCGAUAGGCCUGUCUUUCCAGCACCCAGCUGGUGUAGACAUUUUGCAUCGCCUGGUGAAAGAAUGCGAUGUUCUUGUCGAGAAUUACCUUCCAGGCUCUCUAGCAAAGUACGCUAUGGACUAUGAUACCGUGUCAAAGAUCAACCCCGGAAUUAUCUACGCCAGCAUCACAGGUUACGGCCAAACAGGGCCAUACAGAAACAGAGCAGGUUACGACGUCAUGGUUGAAGCCGAAUUUGGCCUAAUGCACAUCACCGGAACCCGCGAUGGCCCACCCGUUAAGGUCGGCGUAGCAGUAACCGAUUUGACAACCGGUCUCUACACCUCCAACUCCAUCAUGGCAGCUCUCUUCCGGCGCCUCAGAAACCCAAAUUCCAAGGGCCAACACAUCGACGUCGCGUUAUCAGACUGUCAAGUUGCCACCCUGGCCAAUAUUGCCAGCUCCACUCUCAUUAGCGGAAAACGCGACACUGGACGCUGGGGAACUUCGCAUCCAUCAAUUGUACCGUACAAGGCGUUCAAAACGGCAGAUGGAGACAUUUUGCUCGGAGGUGGAAACGAUAGGUUGUAUGGAGUUUUGUGCAACAGGUUGGAAAGGCCCGAAUGGAUUCUCGAUGAGAGGUUCAAAACGAACGCGUUGAGGGUGCAGCAUAGAGACGAGCUAGAGGAGUUGAUUGAGACGGAGACGAAGAAGAAAACUACGCAGGAAUUGCUCGACGUGCUCGAGGGAAGUGGAAUGCCGUACGCUGCUAUCAACGAUGUUCAGGAUACCUUGAACCACGAGCACGUGCUCGCAAGAGACAUGGUCAAAGAAAUCGAGCACCCAGCAUGUGGACCGAUCAAACUAGUCAACACGCCCGUGAAAUGGUCAGACUCGACUCCAGGCAUACGACUACCUCCACCCACAUUAGGCCAGCAUACAAACGAGAUACUCGGUAACACACUGGGGAUGAGUCAAGAAGAAGUGGCCAAUUUACGCAGUGAAGGAGUUGUUGCAUAA